GCCAGGCGCACGGGCGCAGCGGCCCCUGAGCCAUCGGGUCUCUCCAGCCAUGGGGUCGGCGGCGCUGGAGAUCCUGGGCCUCGUUCUGUGCCUGGUGGGCUGGGUGGGCCUGAUCCUGGCGUGCGGGCUGCCCAUGUGGCAAGUGACUGCUUUCCUGGACCACAACAUCGUGACGGCGCAGACCACCUGGAAGGGGCUGUGGAUGUCGUGCGUGGUGCAGAGCACGGGGCACAUGCAGUGUAAGGUGUACGACUCGGUGCUGGCGCUGAGCACCGAGGUGCAGGCGGCGCGCGCGCUCACAGUGGGCGCCGUGCUGCUGGCGCUGGUGGCUCUGUUCGUCACCCUGGCGGGCGCACAGUGCACCACCUGCGUGGCCCCGGGCCCGGUCAAGGCGCGCGUGGCCCUCACCGGCGGCGCCAUCUACGCCGUCUGCGGGCUGCUGGCGCUCGUGCCGCUCUGCUGGUUCGCCAACAUCGUGGUGCGCGAGUUCUACGACCCGACGGUGCCCAUGUCCAAGAAGUACGAGCUGGGCGCCGCGCUGUACAUCGGCUGGGCCGCCUCGGCGCUGCUCAUGGGCGGCGGCGGCCUCGUGUGCUGCGGCGCCUGGGCCUGCGCGGGUCGCCCGGAGCUCAGCUUCCCCGUCAAGUACUCGGCGCCGCGGCGACCUGCGGCCAGCGGCGACUACGACAAGAAGAACUACGUCUGAGGGCGGCGGGCGGCG